CGACAGGAGCUGCGCGCAGUACAAGCUGCGACGGAAAACAUAGGAUAUCACCAUGAUGCGUGCCGCGACAGCCGCUGCAAUACUUCUGCUGGCCACCGUCGUCAAAGCCGAAGAUUCUCUGAUUGAGAUAGUUACCAGGGAGGUCAAAGGAUGUAUGGACUCAGAACAUCUGGGCAGUAUCGGAGGUUUGCGGUCGUACAACGAUCCAAGUAGCGCCGAACAAAAGUGCUUCCUUGGUUGCAUGCUGAAGAAAUUCAAAGCGCUUGACGCAGACGGCCAGUACAGCGCGGAAGGUCUGAAGACAACCAUCCAGCACUGUCCCAGGAUGAAAUCCCAUCCUGACAUACAGAAAGCUGCGUUACAAGUGGCCGAUGAGUGUAACGGCAAAGUUACCGGCUGCAGCGACUACUGCUCGUGUGCACCGCUGGCCGCCAAGUGUCUCCAUGAGGGAAUGAAAAACAAAUCCUUCCAGACAAUAUUUAUCGCUCUGGAUGAAGCACUGGACAAGAUGCAAUCCUAGACGCUGGAAACGCCAAACGAUUGAUCCUGGUGUUAAGAUAUAUGGAAAAUUGGACGGAAAAAUACAGGGUAAUGGCGACCUUGUUGGAAUCAAUAAACAGUGUUUGAUUUAAA